AUGGCUGAGAAUGCAGAUCAAUUGAAUAAUUUCCGUACAUGGGUACAGGAACAACAACCAAUACUUAAUUCAUUAAAUACAGAUGAAUUUUUAUUACGUUUUCUACGUGUUACGAAUUUUAAUUUAAAUCAUGCGAAAGAAUGGUUAAUUUAUUUUUGGAAACAUCGUACAGAAAAUCCUCAAUGGUUUUUUAAUCGUGAUCUUUUAAAAAAUCCAAUCAUGCUUGAAAUAUCAGAACUUGCAUAUUGUAUUCAAUUACCAAAAGAAACAAAAGAUAAUCAUCUUAUAUUUAUUAUGCGUAUUGGACAAUACGAUACAACAAAAUAUACAUUUAAUGAUGUAACAAAAUAUGCUUUUGCUGUAACAGAUAUUCUUAAUAAGCAACCAAGUGCUCAAAUAAAUGGUUAUAUUAUAAUAUUAGAUUUUUCAAAUAUUAAAUUUCAACAUGUUAAUCAAUUUACACCGGAUUAUACACGUCGUUAUGUUAAUUGUUGGGAAAAAAUGUAUCCAGUAAAAUUACAUCAGGUACAUUUUUAUAAUUAUCCAAGUUUAUUUGAUCCAAUUUUACAUUUAUUUCGAAUGUUUCUUAAUACAAAAUUAAAUGAUAAAAUUUAUUUACAUUCAAAAGCAUUGGAGAAAUCAUUACAUCAAUAUAUUGAUCCCGAUUUAUUACCACAAGAAUAUGGUGGUCAAUUAGGUUCAAUUGAAGGAAAUUUGAAUAAAACAUUUAUUCAAUAUACUAGAGAAGAUAAUAAUUAUAUGAUUCAAUUUGAUCAGUAUGGUGUUGAUCUUGAUCGAGUAUCAAAUAUAUUAAAAGCAUUAAAAAAAGAAAAUAAUAAUUAA